AAAUCUUGUACAAGAAGAAAUAUAUGGUGAAGUAGAAUAUUUUGUUUCACAUGAACAUAAUGAAUUAACUCGAAUAUUUGCAUAUGUUCAUAAAAUUGACGAUUUGCAAUAUGAUAAUUAUGGAUAG